AUGGCACUCUCUAAGCCCGCGCACCCGGAGGAGCGCGUUUGUGCAGCUACCUUAUACGAGUCGCCAAUUUCUCAGCCAACCGUCGUGCUGCAUUGGCUGCGCUUCCCCGACACGUCAAGCCGGUUUGGAAAUCCAGUCUUCUUCCAACUACAGCUACAGCAACUCCAAGAUUUGAAAGUCAUUUGUGAACCGGGAUCGCCACCGGGGAAGAGGCGGCCGCUGAUGGCUUCACGAUAUCUAUUUUUUGGUCGUACGUGGGUCCCGCAUCGACUUGGAUUACACCAAGCUAGCACUAGUGAGCGCCAUAGAUGCAUAUAUGGCCCACCCAAGGGGUGCAUCGUCAGCUUGGCAUCUACAAACGCCAUGCCCCUACGGACACAUAGUUUCUUCGACCCUGAACCUUGCUGUGACCCUAGUUCUGGGGAAACACCAGAACUUCGGAAGGGCAGAGGAUGUCCGAAUACGUCGCUCCGCUCAACAUCCCUGCAAGGCCUACCUAACUCGCUCGCGCUGACGAUCGAGGUGAAAUUGUCUCCUGGACGCAGAAAAUCUGCCGAGACUCUCGCUGCUCAGACAUCCAUCGUUCAGCCAGUGAUCCUCUUUGGCCCCAGUGGCCGACACAGAGCCGGAGCUAAGGAAGACAAUCGACUAAAAAGGCACGAUGAUUCCAAUGUCUUGGUUGGCGGUUCAGCUGCAGUUGGGCGAAAGGUAGUAUUACCAGCAUGCUGGGCGGCAGGCCGCAUACUUCUCGUCAGGACCCCCUUGCAUCACUCUUCCAAGUUCUUCAUGUCUGAGCGAUCACCCACCGAAUACUGCGCACAAAGCAUCCGUAGAAUACUCAUCCUGCCCUCGGCUCUGACGCAUCUAUGUUGCGAACAUUCCGGAAGCGACUGGUUUUCCACGUUGGCAACGGGUUGGAUUGUUCUUCGCGAUGGCCGAACUCCACAAUCACAAAGGUGUAGGGUCGACCGGUAUGCUUUCUGGGCCCUGACGGAACCUAUCGGCCGUCAACGUUUUGGAAUGUCGCUGGACAGCCCUUCCUGA